AUGAAAAUACUAAAAGAUGGGCAAGAGACAGGGCAUGACGGGGCACGAGAGAUGGGUGAGAGAGACAGGCAAGAGAUGGGGCGAGAAGACAGGCAAGAGAUGGGGCACGAGAGAUGGGCAAGAUGGGGCAUGAGAGACAGAGAGAUGGGGCAAGAGAUGGGGCACGAGAGACAGGCGAGAAACAGGGCAUGGGAACACGAGAGAUGGGGCAUACAAGCACAAGAGACAGCACAAGAGGAGAGGGCGCAAGCAUCAGGAAACUGUGGGAGCAACAUGACUUUGAAGGACAAGAAAUUACAAGAAAAUCAUAAGUCUGAUGUUGAAUGCUUACUAAGAGUCAAGACUUUUCUUUUUGGCAGUUCUUCAUGGUCCCUCCUUCCAGCUUCCUCUCCUUGGUGGUCCUUCCUCCCUGGCUCCUUCAUGGUCCCUCCUCUCUGGCCUUCUUUGGUGAUCCCUCCUUCCUGGCUCCUUCGUGGACCCUCCUUCUUGGCCUUCUUUGGUGGAUCCUCCUUCCUGGCUCUUUCGUGGACCCUCCUCCCUGGCCUCCUUCCGGGGACCCUCCUCCUUGGCCUUCUUUGGUGGACCCUCCUCCCUGGCUCCCUCAUGGACUGUCCUUCAUGGCCCCCUCCUCCCUGGCUCUUUGGUGGUCCCUCUUUUAUGGUCCCUCCAAUGUUCAGCAUCUUUGAGUCAUUGGUCGGUUACCUGAUGAGGCCCAUCAGUGCUGGGGAACAGAUCAACUAA